AUGUCGUGCAUGGCACCGUGGCGUUUAUUUUUCGCCAGAUACUCAAGUUCCAGCGAAGUGCUCGAAAAGGGACGACGCGCCCUGGAGUUGCUGAAGGUUGACGCGCAGCGGCUACGCAAUAAUCGUGACGUCGUCAUUUACACGCGCAACCGCGUCUGCCCCGACUGCAAACGCAAGGUGUGCAUAGAGGAACCCGAGUUUGCCGAAAACACCUGCCCAGCGGCUUGGCGCCACCUUCACGGCUUCUCGCAGAGGUGUUCGUGCCCGCUGAUCGGGGUUAUGCAAUUUACGCGAUUUGGAAAAUUGCGACUCGAACUGCGUGCACGUUUGGAAGCGAACGCGGCGAGUGCUGAGGAAAAAUCAGAGGGAAAUGCGCCGUAA